GUUCAGAAAGCAGGGUGAGCGAAAAAUAAUGAAACCGUAAACGUUUUUUGGUUGUUGUGAAGAAUAUGGGGCUUUUAUUUGAUACUUUGCCGAAGUCUGUGCUGUUUUGAACACCGGAAGUAGUCAUAAUGUGCUUAGUGUUGCUGGCGUCACACUGCUACAUCUUGUUUGUUUGUUAAGCAGCGGAUAACUUUGGUUGACAGCCGUCCUGAAUAUAUUUACGAAUUCAAACCGCUGAUUCCUGAAAUGAUGGCAAAAGUAAGAAGAGUUUUAGUUUAUCUUUCCAAAGAGAACUCGCUGCCACGGUGUGUGGAAUUUGUGCAGAGUAUCACAGGUCACUUUGCUGGUUGUCAUGACGACAGGGUCAUGGUCAACUGUGUCCUGGAGGACAAUAAGUUUAUUGUGUCUGACCGGGAGGCUGAGGACAUUCGCAAAACGCCGGUACUGCUGAGGAGGCCCUCGUUCUGUCCAUUCAAACACCUGUCAGUCAGCGAAGCCUCCAUGCUCCCAUUGGACAUCUUGGACAGGGGCGUGGAUGUGGGUGUGGCUGUCUUGCUGCAGUCAGCCAAUCAAAAGGUCUUACUGACCAGAAGGGCCUCUAGUCUAGCCAUCUUCCCAAAUGUCUGGGUCCCGCCAGGGGGUCAUUUGGAAUUGGAUGAAAAGCUGCUGGAUGCUGGUCUAAGGGAGCUGCGAGAGGAGACUGGAAUCAGUUUGAAACCUGAGGAGUUCUCCUCUCACAUGCUUGGUCUAUGGGAAUCAGUAUUCCCCCCCAUGUUGAGUCGAGGGUUGCCACGGAGACAUCACAUCGUCACCUAUCUGCUGUUACAGAGCACACAGACCCACCUGCAGCUCCAGGACAGACUGUGUCCAGAGCCCCGAGAGGUCAGUGGCUGUGUUUGGGUUGACCCCUCCCUGGUCCGAGCCAUUGUGUCCACUGUCGACGGAGCAGAGCAUUCUGGGAAAGCACCUGCCAACCUGCCUCAGACUGUCAGGGUAACGGAAGUCUGUAGUGAUGGCGCUCUGCUGACCUCGGAGCUCCCUGUCUCUGUGCUGUUGAAUACAGCGCCCCCCGAAGGCCCCGAUGUGGAACGCAUCAGCACUGGGACCAAAUAUGCUCUGGAGUUGUGGCUGAAAGCCAUGGAGACUGGGCCAGACAGCACAAGCACACAGCAAUAGCCUGCACAACUGAGAGAUCACCUCGGUACAGAGCUUAAAGGGAUUGUAGUUAACAAGAAUUAAAAAUCAAAGCCAUCAGAUUCAGUAGAUACAUUUCUGUAAAUAAAUGAGUCUGAGUGUAAUAUGGGUCUGUGUGUUGAACACACUGAAGCUCUGAUACAGAUUCAGCAGCUUCAGACGCUCUGCAUUGACACAGAAGCAGGGUAGCUGCUUCUCCGACCCACCCUGAGUAUUACCACACAUACUUACCUGGACAAUGUAUUGAUUUCACCCGUUUCAGUUGUUAUAAAUAAACACUGAUACGCUCCCAGGGUA